UACUACGAAUUGUCUUGGGAUGAGGAGAGCAUCAUAAAAUUAAGCAGAGGAACGGUUGCAAGAAACUGCAGAGAUGUGGCUGAACUGUCUUCUGGUUGUUUUUCUGAGCUCUAAUUAUUUAGUAAACUCGCUUAAUUUUGAAGAUGCUGACACUGAUAUUGACAUUGAUCCAGAAGAGGAAUGGGACUGGUUGGAAAGUAUUACACUAAGCGCAUUUGAUGAUAAUGAUGAUGAUGAUGAUAAUGAUGACGACGACGACGACGACAGUGAUGGAUUUAUGACACAAUUCAAAGCUGGUUUAACGGACUCAAACCCAGUUCAAGGCAUAGCGGAUUUGGACUCAAAACCAUUUAAAAUCAAACCCGAUUUAUCGGACCCAAAACCAGUUCAAGAGAAAGGCGAUUUAUCGGACCCAAAACCAGUUCAAGAGAAAGGCGGUUUAUCGGACCCAAAACCAGUUCAAGAAAAGGGCAGUUUAUUGGACCCAAAAUCAGUUAAAGAAAAAGACGGUUUAUCCCCCACAAAACCAAUUCGUCCGCUAUUACUACCGGGGUCAGUACGAAUACAGGCAUCUAUGCUACAUAAAGAACUCUUCACCCCAGAAAGUUACAGUAGGCCGGUGCCUCCGCUACUCAAAUCGAUACUUCUGGCCGAAACGACCGCUGAGAUGCGUAUGAAACCUGUCGGUGAUCCGAAUAUGGAGGUGCUGUGUUUUAUGGACCGGAUUCACGUGAAAGUGCGGAGAAGUUUGUUUUCCGACCCCAGCGCAUGGAAAAAUCUGAAGCUGGGAACGUGUGCCGUCAACAAAGUCUCAGAUACUCACUAUGAAUUUGUGUACUAUCUGAAAGGAUGUGGCAUACAACGGGGGGAGAAUGCAGAUCGUGUGACUUACUCGAACACACUCCAAUAUAUGCCAGAUGACACUGGGCUGAUUGUGAGGGAACUGCAGUUUAGGGUGCCUAUUCAGUGUAGCUACACAAAGUUCCAUCGCUCUUAUAAGGUAGGAUUCUUACCCAAAGUAGCAGGUGGAGUCUUGCACAAGUCCAUGGAAACUCGAACAGGGCCCACACUUGCUGCAAUGGAUGAGUCUUGGAAGUUGCUUCCGGUUGGCCAGAGCAUUGACCUUGGCAAACCCGUAUGCUUUGAAGCUAAAAGUCCCAGCAGGGGACCAAGAAAACGGCUGUACCUGAACCGUUGUUUUGUCACAUCCACACCAAGCCUUUGGUCGAAGGAUAAAUAUUCUGUUGUUGAGAAUUAUGGAUGCCUGGUGGACAGUAAAAACAGCGUUUGGACCAAGUUCUACACCAGCAAUGACAAGAUGACUGUGAGACUUUGUGUGGGAGCUUUUCUGUUUAAACACAUGGUUUCCCAACCACAGUCCAGUGAGACCAUGAUUUUGCAUUGUGAGAUGGACUUUGGACCUGAGACUCCUACACCUAGUGCCAAGUCAUGCAUGUAUAACAGACUCACCAAGAAGUGGACUGAGCUGUAUGGUAAUGACUCAGUCUGUAACUGCUGUGCAUCUACAUGUCCUGCUUCUCCAAGGAUGUCUGUUAAGUCAAUGAUCACCAGUGAGUCCUGGGAAUUGAAGAUGGGAAAGGAGCCCUCAUCACCAGAGGAGGCCAUGCCUGAGUUCCCUUUAACUGGCCGUGACUUUGAGUAUUACUGGGAAUCAGAUGAUGAUUGAUAGAAGUAUCACUUUUACAGAUGGCAGAUGUUUCAAGUUGGAUCACAGAAUAACACUGUUAUAGUCCAUGUGGUUAUGCCUUGUCAAGCUAAUGUAAUAAACUGAAUUUACUUUGAAUA